CGUGAGCGGGGCGAGCCUCAUCAUGGCCGGUGAAAGUCCAACAAGCGCGUCGGGUCCUCCUUCCCCUCGUCUCGUCCUCAGCUCACAGGCCCGGAAGCGGGAGAGCCUCAUCAUGGCCCGUGAAAGUCCAACAAGCGCGUCGGGUCCUCCUUCCCCUCGUCUCGUCCUCAGCUCACAGGCCCGGAAGCGGGAGAGCCUCAUCAUGGCCCGUGAAAGUCCAACAAGCGCGUCGGGUCCUCCUUCCCCUCGUCUCGUCCUCAGCUCACAGGCCCGGAAGCGGGAGAGCCUCAUCAUGGCCCGUGAAAGUCCAACAAGCGCGUCGGGUCCUCCUUCCCCUCGUCUCGUCCUCAGCUCACAGGCCCGGACCUAUUGUUUCCGGACAUUUCCGGCCUGGCCGCCUCCAUCGUCCGUCCGCACGAUAUUAUCCUGACUCGCGCCGUGGCUUCGGUGUACAGCCUCGAACGGAAGCGGCUCGCUAAAGUUUUUGCUUUUGUUUAGUUUGAGCCGACGUCGGGAAGAAAACGAGCGAGAUAUCCAUGUCGCUCCCGAGAACAAAUAUUGACUCUGUGACCUUUGGCCCGGCGGCAGUCCUACGAUAAGCUCAGAACACGUGAUGGCGCCAGCUCAGGCGCUGGUGUAUAAAAGACCGAGGGUCGUCGGCUCCGUUCCACGCAGACUCGCGCCCCGCUGCCGGAGCUAUGAAGUGGCCACUGGUGUUGGCAACCGCCAUGACGUGCCUUUCGGCUCAGCCGCCUCGACGCUUGACCAGAGAUGCCGAGACUCAACGGCUGCCAAAGCAAAACGAAACGCGCAACUCGUCAAGCUUGAUGAGCGUCACGUCAAACGUGACCUCCGAUGACACGUCGAAGCUGACGUCGCGGGACACAUCCGCGACUCCGUGGCUCAUCUUGGACUCGACGUCAAACGAAAGUGGGCGCCUUUACGAGCGGAUGGCUUCCAUGGGCUGUAUGCUGCCCACCUGCUCCGUCACAGAUCUCGGGUCCAAGCUUCAAGUCGGGGACGAAACGGCGGGCGGCUCCACGCUCGACCCGGAAGGGUUUGGGAAGAAAUGACGCCGGGCGACCUGCCCCCUCCCCCCAUCUUUGAGUCGUGUGUUUUGCUUGCACAGUUGGCUCAGUGAUGUUUUGUGCAUUGGAAACUGUUUGCUGCAUGGCCAUUGAUUGAUUGAUUGAUUGAUUGAUUGAUUGAUUGAUUGAUUGAUUGAUUGAUUGAUUGAUUGAAGCGUUCCGUGCCAAGUUGAUUUGAUCCUCAAGUCACCUCCACCAAAGUGUGCGUGCUUUGUGGAGAAAUGGACGCAUCGCUAAGAGCUGGUUACUAAAUGUGAAAUAGUAGAACAUUGAAAUAAACACAAAACAAGGCAGAAAGA